AUGGAUUCCAUCAGUGUUGUUAAUGUUCUGCAGGGUCCUCCAGGUCCUACGGGGCGGCAGGGCCCUCCAGGCCCCCCUGGCUUUCCGGGCCCCCAGGGGCCUGCAGGAGAGAAGGGCCAGAGAGGAGAUGAGGGGCCAAUAGGAGCUGCAGGACCGAAAGGAGACGUGGGAAGUGCUGGUGUUCCUGGUUUUCCAGGUUUAGAAGGACUCCCGGGUCACCCGGGUCCUGCCGGAGGACCUGGUUUUCCUGGGCUGGACGGAUGUAAUGGAACCAGAGGAGACAGAGGAGGUCCUGGACUUCCUGGAGAAUUUGGACCUGACGGAGAACGGGGUUUACCAGGACUGAAGGGAUUUCGGGGAGAUCCAGCGGUCUUCUUCAUACAGUACGCUGGAACAACUGGGGAAGUCGGGCCCCGUGGACUUCGUGGUCUGCCGGGUGAACAAGGUCGCCCUGGUCCGAUCGGAGCUCCGGGUCCUGCAGGACUGGACGGGACCAACGGUUUCCCUGGUCGGCCUGGUUCCAGGGGUUCACCUGGGGAAAAAGGUCGAUCCCUGCCCGGACAGAAAGGAGAUGAGGGUGAGCAGGGCCCCCAGGGGCCACCGGGGCCGUUUGAGUACGUCGACCCUCCAGAAGACCUGUACAUCAAAGGAGAACAGGGUCCUCAAGGUGUUAAAGGUGUCUGUGGAGUUCAGGGACAGCCGGGUUUGGACGGUCUGCCAGGGAUCAAAGGAGAGAAGGGGAUUCUGGGGUUUCCUGGACCCAGGGGAUUAUCUGGUUACACCGGGCUGCUCGGAGAGAAAGGGUUCAAGGUGGGUCAACAAACCGUCUUU